AUGGAAGAAGAAAUUCCCAAACAAAUAUCUGAGGUUGAAGAGAGUAACAAAUUUAAAUAUUCUGAUUGCCAAAUCAGAUCAAGGACAGAAAUCAGGAUCCUCAACCUGCUGCCACCUAUAAACUCCAACCCCGACGCAUUACACUGCACGCUGAGUGUUGCAAAGCCGGAGGAUAAACCUUUAUACGAAGCUGUAUCGUAUGUUUGGGGCCCGCCAGUAUUCCCUGAACGACUACAUCUUCCGUCCGGUUACUUGAACAUCACUACGAACCUUGCUGCUGCUCUACGCCAAUUCAGAUAUCCUGAUCGUCAGCGGCAAUUAUGGGUCGAUGCUGUAUGUAUCAACCAGCAGAAUGAUAUUGAGAAAGGGCAUCAAGUCCAAUUGAUGUCUCAGUUGUAUAGGAAUACCGAGCGUGCAUUGGUUUGGCUAGGGGAAGAGUACAGCAACACCCAGGCUAUUUUCGGUUUACUCGAAAGAUUCGCUGCUGAACAUCAACUCUUUGGAAUCAAUCGAGAUGACAGCUUUUUCGAAGUUUUUCAGAAACUUCGUGUUCUAUUUCCUGAGGAUGAAGCCGAGUCUGAAAUCCCGCACUUCGCCCAUUCUAUUAGCCCAUCAAUUAUUAAUCUACUCCAGGUAUCGUGGUUUGAACGCCUUUGGGUUAUCCAAGAGGCUGUGCUUCCGGGAAAAGUCCAAGUAUUCUGGGGACAUGAAACACUGAAUUUAGAUACAUUAAUACUGGCUAUGAAGGUUUACCUUGCGCUAGCUCGCAAAAGCUCUACAAUUGAGUUCUCAAAUAUUUGGGUACCUCUGAUUUUUCUGAGUGAUCUCCGAGAAAACUUCCACAGUAUUUUGACUGGUCAUGGAGGAAACAAGACUCGUAUAAUCGAAUGCAAUCUAUUCGAUAUCGUGGCCAACUUCUCGCCUCUGAAAGCUUGUUAUAAUGACAUGGAUAGAAUCUUUGGCUUACUGGGGUUACAAUCCAAUGACGAUUUCGGGUUCGAGGUGAACUAUGAAGGCACUGUGGAAAGCGUCUACUUCGAAUUUGCACUCAAAGCCUUGGAAUCAAUAGACCUUGAAAAUUUUCUCCAAGAAGCUUUUAGGAUACGUGAUAGUACGAGUCAUCUUCGUGAGGGUAUACCUGUCAGACUGCCUAGUUGGGUUCCUGACUGGAGGUGCACUAAAUCGGGGGGUAGACUUUCACUCGAACGUUUCCAAUCAGCCACAACUCUUCCGGAAUGUCUCUCCUAUGAGAAGGAAACCCUACCCUUUAUUAGGCUUGGAGGUGUAAGGGUUGAUAUUAUCGCCGACGAUUUAUCGACAAUUUUCCCUGAUAGAGAUGAUUUGCACUCUUUAGAGGAUAUUUGGAAGUCUCAUCCCGCACGGCUUAUAAAUCUGAAAGAUUUUCUGUUAAAGCAUUUGCCGACUGACAAAUCCCUUCCUAUUGAGGACGCGACAAAGAAUUUCGUAGGAACGAUACUUUCGGAAAUGGCAUUCGUGGGGUCAUUACAGGGGAUUCCACAAGUGGAAAAUGGUUUGGAAGGUUUAUAUACUUGGUGGAUGAAUUUUGAAAACGCCCACGCAAAAAAGACUGAUAGCUCGAACAUUCCGGUCAAUUUGGGAUCCCUCAAAAUGCCAAGAGAGUCUUUUCGGAGAAGUGGGAAUUUUGUCAUAACUAAAACAGGGCAUAUGGGUACUGGUCCAUUACUUGUGAAGAGAGGAGAUAUCGUGGCUAUAUUCGAUGGGCUCAGGACGCCUAUCGUACUCCGACCAGUCCUACCGGAUCAGCCUUCGAGGCCACCCAUGUACUCACCUAAUAAAGAGCAAGUAUUUGUACCAGAUGAGCAGUGGGAACUCUUAGGAGAAUGCUAUCUCCAUGGAUUUAUGAAUAACGAGGUCGCUGAACCACAAUGGAGAGAGAAGAGCGAAAUGUUUUGGAUUACCUGA